AUUUUUUGUUUAUACAUCUAGAUUGAAAAUAACAUACAAUAUUUGGACAGUUGAGCUUUACCUGGUUAUAUCAACGGGAGAUUUGGCGUUAGACGCCGCUCCUCUAGGCUUUUCAGCUAUCGAUCGCAAUGCGACGACUUUAGGAGCGGAUCUGAAACGGUUCUGCGAAAAUUGCCCAUUUUCCCCCUCUUUUUCGCUAAAUCGGAUUCGUUCAGCGUCCGAGUCUGCAUUGGCAAUUUAGGCCUUUGUUAGUCGUAUUCGUUUUCUGACCGUAUAUAUUUAUGGGAAAGGAGUCUAGCGAAUUAUUUAUCGAGCUAUUACUAGAUGUUUUAGGGAUGAUAUAUUGGUGUAUUUUUACGCUCAAUUAUUUAUACGAAUAUGUAGAGGAGACAAAACCCAUCGACCAAUUGCCAAUAUCCAGCUGAAGAUGACGUGUGUUGCAUAUAUUAGACGCUUUUGGCGACUAUAUCAUGUUAAAGGCUAAGAAAACUUUUAAGAAACUUUUAAACCUUUCACCAAAACUAAUAAAUGUAAUUUAUUAUCGCUUGGGCGAUUUUAACGCUCACAUGACAUUUUUUAAAUGCAAUCCUCAUAGGAUUUGUGACGUCAUCUAACGAAAUUUGUAACCCUUAACCCCAGUCGUAGUUGAGCUUAUCGGUUUAGCGCGGAUCGCCUAACUGGAAUAUUUAAUCGUAGUGGGAGGAUAGGGAGGGAAGCUUCAAUAGCGUGUAGAAAGAGUUGAUUUCCGGUUGGAUUCUCAUCUGCAAACCGGUAUACGUGAAGUAACUGCGAACUGAAGCUUAUUUAUAGAAAUAGGUAAGGGAGUAGUUCCCUGUCCGUCGAAAUGUUUACUCUGUAUAUCGAAGCCGCCCGGUUCAUUAUUAAUAUCUGUAUUAAACAAACUGUAAUUUGAAACAUGACAAACAACAUUGACAAACAUUUCAACCGUACACUAAACGACGGUCUGUCCUUGCUUUUAAAGAGCAGAUAAAAAAUUGCAGAAAGGAAAAAAUUCGACUAAUCAAUCUAGAUACAUCAAUUACACGCCGAAUAGUCUUUGCUUAAGGGCCUGAACUAAAAAAGAAGAAUUCGUUUAUUUGUUGUCUAGGCCUGUUUGUUUAAGGCUCCAAACUUCCCAGAACGCCUCUCUAAUAUUGAUUAGCGAGCUGGAGACAAAAGUAAAUUAGACACCCGAGUGGAGAAGUAACUACUUUUACGCUGUAAAGGCGUUACAUUCCGGCACAGGGUACACAGCCCCAUUGGGAUAGACUUCACGUGACCGAUUACCUAACAUGCUAUUAAAUUGUCUAUCUUACCCUCCCUAUUCUUUUUUCUUAGUCCCAUAUUUUAUCUUAGCUGCCAUCAGGUCUCUCAGAUUGUUUGUUUGCCAUUACCCCGUUUGACAAGAUUGCAAUUAUCUAGAAGGAAAAACAGUGUAAUUUACACUUUCUUAGCCGUUAAUGAGAUCAAGAACAAUACUGGAUAAUACAUUGUAUCCAUCAAACAGCAUACUGCUUAGUACUGAUAAGAUCACCAAUAUAUGGACAUUUUCUUUAAUUACGUUUUGUAUAAAAGCUUAACCAUAUACUUACCGUUGAGACUCUGCGCACGGCCGCUACUAGACAAAACAGUAUAGCACCAAAACCCGGCAAUACUGGAACUUUAUUAUAUUAUAAGAAGAGUAAACUGCGUUAAGAGUUUGAGAAAGCAUUUUUCUUAUUAUUAUCGCAAAGUGGAGACAGACAGAGAGAUUUGAAUUGGUUUAUUGUGCAUAUUUUGCAACUAAAAUAGAAUGAAACAGUCAAUUGCACAAUGAAAUAUUUUAAAAGAGUAGCAACUGUCGGGACGUAUUAUCUGCUUCUCACAUUUUACGAUCCCUUUAAUUCACUCAUUCAUCAAUAAUGCAUUAAAAAAGUAUACAAAGGCUGCUUUGGAACAUCAAAAAGCUGUCUAAUAUGAAAAAAUAGAGUAUCUACUGUUUUACAGUUAAUUUUUAAAAUUUAAAUAAUCUUUUAAAUAAUACUCAAAAAUAAUAUUUAUGUGAAAUCUAAUAUGAAUCGUUCUUCACCUGAAGCUUCUAUUGGAAAUACGGGAAAUAAGCCAGACUUAGUAAAAUAUGCUGAACUAUUGCUUAUGCUUCAUAACAAUGUUAGAGAGAGUUUAGAUGAUUUUAAGAUAAAAAUAAAAUUGAAAGUAGACAGAAAUAUUCAAGAGACUGUUAGUUGUAAAGUAAAAUCGAUGAUUGGAAUAGAAAAUAUGGACGCCUGUCUAACUGUAGUAGCCUCCAGCAAUUUCUCAUCAUCUCUUUCACCGACGCCUCCGACCAAGAUGAAUUCAAACGUAAGAAGUUUAAAGUCGUUAAGAAGAUUAAAGCUUGAGCCAAACGAUGAUUCGAAAAGAUCCUCUAUAAAACAUCUAAGUAAAUACUGCGGGAUAACUGAACAGGGAAAAAAGUUUUUUGGUAAAUUAGACAAUGCUUCAACCACCAUGCACAUUCAGGCAUAGAUUUAUAUAUACGAUAGAGUGGUCAUUUUGGAUUAUAAUUCUUUCAGUGAUUAUAUUGAUAGCUAAAGGGGUCGUUCUAGUUUUCCUUCUCCUUGAAGUUGUUGAUAAGUAACACUUGAUUAAUGAUUCAGUUUAAAUUUGUUAAGACUAAUUAACUUAUUGAAAAGAAAUUAAUAAGGCUUACUCUUACAGCUCUUAUAACGAGACACAAAACGUUCUCGCUCUCUGUGUUCUAUUUCUCUCCCCUUUUGCUGCUUUCCACCUAUUUUACUUUUACAAAAAUCUCUCUCCUCAAUAAUUCUAUUUUCUGUAGAAAAUCAGCAUUAUCCAAUAUAUUUGAGGUUGGUUAGCUUAUAAAAGCUAUUUCAUUUAGGUUAUAAACGGUUGACUGUCAUCUCCAAUCGUUUACGUAUUAAGAAAAUGAAGGAGUAGGUAUAAUCAGAGAGUGAAAAAUUAAAUUAUUCUCAAUUACCUACUUCUGAUUAUAUGAUUAUCUCUUCUUCGUUUAUAGAACAUUAUUGAUUCAUAGUCCUUUAUUUUUCGUUUCUCCUUAUUUCCU